AUGUUGGUGAGGCACGGGAAGGUGGGUGAGGAGAAGGUCACCGAGGUCAGGUGGUUCCUCGACUCCAGUGCGGUGCCCGGCGUGCCUGCUGGACCACCCAAGUCGUCGGCUACUGCUAGGAGGGAGUCCUUUGCGAAGAGGGCGGGGUUGGCCACGAACCCCAUGGGGAGGAAGCUGUUUGAGGUGAGGGAGGCGAAGCAGAGCAACUUGUGUGUUGCGGCGGAUGUUGGGACAGCAAAAGAGCUACUUGAGCUUGCUGACGAGUGUGUUAAUUUGUUUGCUCCAUUUGUGUUGGUUGGUCCAGAGAUUUGA